GGGCGGUAGCUCGCUCUCUUCCCUGAACCGGCUGCUGCACUCGUCACCUGGCCGGAGCUGUGAUGUCCUCGCCUCGGAUUCGCGUGUUCUCCUCGGCCCGAGAGCUGGGGCCGGCCCUGGGGCAGUUCGUGCUGGCGUCCGCCAGCCAGGCGGUGCAGAGCCGCGGGCGCUUCGCCGUGUCGGUGUCGGGCGGCGGGCUGGUGCAGCUGCUGUCGGCCGAACUCCCGGCCGCCCUGGACCGGGAGUCGCGGCAGCCGGGUGCCGACUGUAAAAACUGGGUCCUCGGCUUCUGCGACGAGCGGCUGGUCCCUUUCGAGGACCCGGAGAGCACCUGUGGCCUGUACCGGAAGCACCUGUUCUCCAAGAUCUCCAUUCCUAAUAACCGCGUGGUCGCUAUUAACCCAGCGCUGCCCGUGGAUGAAGCAGCGGACAAGUACGCGGAGAGACUGAGAGAGAUGUUUCCAAGUGAUAAUAUACCAGUCUUUGACUUGCUGAUCCUGGGAAUUGGUCCCGAUGGGCACACCUGCUCUCUCUUCCCAGAUCAUCCCCUGCUGCAGGAGCAAAGUAAAAUCAUUGCUCCAAUUAGUGACUCUCCUAAGCCACCUCCGAAACGUAUAACUAUGACGCUGCCCUUACUUAACGCUGCCCGGUGUGCUGUCUUUGUUGUGACCGGUGAGAGUAAGGCACCAGCCUUAAAGGAUAUUCUGGAAAGCCACAAGGAAAAUCCAUUACCUGCUGCCCGAAUCCAGCCAGCCAACGGGGAGGUGCACUGGUUUAUCGAUGAGGCUGCCGCAAGCAAGCUGACUAUUGAGGUGGACCGGACGCAUCAAUAGACACAUGCCCGUACUCUUUCAUUACACAAGGAUGUGGGCGAAUGGGUCAGGAUCUGUCAGGCUAAUUUUUAUUUAAUCAAUCCCAAACAAUCUGCAAAAGUGGAGUAACCUUUGGGAAUCGUAGAUUGGUUUUGAUUUGUCAAAAACAGACUUGGUAUCAAAGAAGAUGCUGUCUGUAUUUGGCCUGAGAACUGUUGAUCAUUGCUUUGGCAUAGCUGAACCAACAAAUUCAAAAAGUAAAGCUGGGGAAAUAAACACUGAAUUGGUUGUAAACAGAAUUGUUUAAAUUUGAAACUUUAUUGUCCACAUUCUAGGUUUUUUUAUAUUUGUUUUCUUUUGGCGGUCAAUCUUGUCUCUUUGCCUGAAGUAUUUCCUUCAGUAGUUUAAGGAUUCCAUUUUGUAUUUUGGGUCCAAACAGACUGUCAGAUGUAUUGCCAUUCUACCAUUUACCAGUAAUGGAGUAGCAUUUACGUCUAAUCCACACUAAUAUUUGAGGGUAUUAGUUUUACUAGUGUUUAGGGGAAUGGAACUGAUCUAAUAGAUUUAGAAAUAGAAAAUGUUUACACAGGUGGUCUGAUAGCAUUUGUGGAGGGAGAAAUAGACCAGAAAUCUUGUUCUCCCUUCACAGACUCUACUUGACUUGCUAAGAUUUUGUUUUUGACAUUUCCAGAUGCUGCAGUAGUUUUGUUUUUGGUGGUCUCGCAGUAAAUCAUGAAUUUGUGCCAGUUUCCAUGUCUGACCUAAACUGCUGUGUAUUUUAACAGGAUAUUUGUAAGUGUGCAUUAAACUAGUUGUUUUGGUUGUACAUAACCAAACUAUGACCUGCACUUGCUGACUAGUCCUUUCAUUGAUAAAUUAUAUGGCUACAUUUGUACUAACCUCUGGCUAAAGUAACGCAUUGCCAGGAAUAGACAAUAGGUGCAGGAGUAGGCCAUUCGGCCCUUCGAGCCAACGCCGCCAUUCACUGUGAUCAUGGCUGAUCAUCCACUAUCAGUAUCCAGUUCCUGCCUUAUCCCCAUAACCUUUGAUUCCACUAUCUUUAAGAACUCUAUCCAUCUCUUUCUUGACAGCAUCCAGAGACUUGGCCUCCACAGCCUUCUGGGGCAGAGCAUUCCAUAUAUCCACCACUCUCUGGGUGAAAAAGUUUUCCUCAACUGCGUUCUAAAUGGCCUACCCCUAAUUCUUAAACUGUGGCCUCUGGUUCUGGACUCCCCCAUCAGCGGGAACAUGCUUCCUGCCUGCAGCGUCUCCAAUCCCUUAAUAAUCUUAUAUGUUUCAAUAAGAUCCCUUCUC